CGUGGACAUGAUUUACUACAUGUGCACUUCCUCGAGGCUAGCUGGUGAAACUGAUGCUAUUCUGAGCUAGCUAGAAGCCUCCCCUGCUAAGAUUUGGCUGGCUGUGACCAUGAUGGCAACCCCUACAUUUGAGGAAAGCAGUGAGAGUAUGUCAGAGGAUGGCAUUGGCGACCAGAAGUUCUACAGUGAUGCUGCGAAGUAUUGGGAGGCUGUCCCGUCCACUGUGAACGGAGUGAUGGGUGGUCUCGGUCGCAUCUCCUCCACUGACGUUGCUGGCUCAAGAAAGUUUUUGUUGCCAUUCAUACAGGGCGAAGGUGCUACAGUCUCUCCCAAUAGAGCGCUGGACUGUGGGGCAGGUAUUGGGAGGAUAUCCAAACGACUGCUAGUACCACUCUUUGCACAGGUAGACCUAGUGGAGCAGAACCCGGCUUUUCUAGAGCAGGCAAAGACCUACCUGGGAGACCGAGCUGGCAAGAUUGGUGCCUAUUACCCAGUGGGGCUGCAAGGCUUCACUCCACAGGAGGAUCACUACGAUGUCAUUUGGAACCAGUGGGUACUCAGUCACCUCACAGAUGACGACCUAGUGUCCUACUUUCAGCGAUGCUCUCAAGGGCUUACUCCAGAUCGGGGGCUGAUUAUUGCCAAGGAGAACAUAGCAUCUGAUGAUGAGGAUGUCCCUGAUGAAGACGACUCGUCAGUGACACGCUGCAGGGAGUCCUUCCUGCGUGUGUUUGAGAGGUCGGGGCUCAGUGUUGUCAGAGAGAUGGACCAGGAAGGGUUUCCCCCUGAGCUGUUUAAAGUUACAAUGUUUGCCCUGAGGUGAUCAUAAUAGGUGAACUCUAUAACCCCUUCAAUUCCAUCAUGCAAGUUCAAGCUGCAUGUGCAUGGAUACAUUGUACCUUUUCUUUUUUGUACAAUUUGCAAUUCAAUUUUUAUACAUGUACUGAUUGUAAUUCUCACUUAAAAUUUCUGAACAAUAAAUAAGCAUAACGACAGCUAGCUAUUGAUUAGUUUGUUUUGUGCUUAGUUCUUUUUGACUUUAGUUUGCUCAUUUUCUCUGAGAAAUAGUCUGAGACUGAUUGA